AUGAUUGAGCAGAUCAAGAAGGACGGAGAUAUCGCGGACAGCGACGCAACGACAGUAGAACUGCCAGACAUGCACCGCAAUCGGGACGAGAAACAGUCAAAUUGCAAUCACAGUAAAGGUGAACUGCCCCAAGAAAACACAAGUGAAGGUGAAGAAUCCAUUAGUAGCGAAUACGAUGAUGGACACUACACCACGUCAAUGGAAGACAGUAGCAGCGACAACGACGACGUGUAUCAUACGACCGGAAGCUUUGAAAGUACUUCAAACGCUGGGCCGUACGAAUAUGACGACGAAGAAAGUGUGUUUCACAGUGACGACGAUCGGAGUAAGAUGGGACACAGAGGUGAUUACUACGACACACCCGCAAGCAACGAAGAAGGAGGACUAAACCACGCCCAAAAAGAGCACAUCACUCGCAGUUGCCGUAACUGCAUGCUAAAGACCUUCCCUCCUUUAGUGGCCGGCGAUGCAGCCAAUCAACGCAUCGAGAGGCUAGCCACCAUAGCAGCCGAACGAGGACAGUUCGUCUUCGAAAUAAUCAACGCCCCUCGAGAAACGCUUAGAAAAUUUCUGAAAGGAAAAGAAGAGGAGGGAAGUGCAACAGGAAGGAGCGUGGGAAGCCUGUUGGAUACGAAAUUCCCAAAUGGAAGAACCAUGCUCCACGAAAGUGUAAAUAAGAAAAGAUACGACGUCACGGAACUAUUAUUGACUUUCGGCGCAAACAUCGACAUCACAGAAAAGUCUGAAACAAUAGCUCACCGAGCCGCCGCAGACAACAACGAACACAUACUCGGAACGCUGUCAUUCCACAGGUGUCAGUUUAGCGAAUGGAACUGUCUAGGGGAAACUCCCCUAAUGGUGGCCAUCGCAUUAAAAAACGAAGAAAGCAUCGGUUUUCUGUGGAUAACUCCACUGAUAAAACAGUUAAGUCGCGAUGGAGAAACGAUCUUACACUAUGCAGCGAGAUUCAACAGCAAGAAAGAAUAUGUCAACAGUGCAUGCAUGCACGGUGUAAACGUCAACCAAAAAUCUCUGACGCGCCGUGAAACGGCCCUUAUUGCAGCCGUACGAUAUGGGAACCCCGAGAUAGUUGAAGUGCUGUUAAGGAACGGCGCAAGAUAUGACGAACCAGACUAUCUUGGAAAUUAUGCCACGGAUUACAUCGGCGAGAGAGAAGAAAUAGCUAAAGUAUUCCUUAACAGAAAUAUAAAACCGAGAAGAAAAGGCCAGAAAACGCUGAUAAUUCACUACGACCGAGAAAGGAGCUGCAAGAGGAGGAGAGGAGCCGGUUCACCAUCGGAAGAAGAUUAA